GCGAUAGUACCAUUCCUCAAAGGGGACGAAAAAGAAGAAGCAGUGCCGGCUGACGACAAAAACUGCUGAAAUUUUCUGUCAAAAACGAUUAUAAUUAGACAAUGCUCAAGAAGAAACUGGAGGCCUUGGGGUAUCCCACACCUAGUGAUCUGGCGCUAAGCAAUCGCAAGGAUUUUGCGAGUAUAAUCCUCUGGCUGGAGGACCAAAAGAUACGACUAUAUGCAAUAGAAGACCGGGCAAUUCUGCGCAGCGUAGACAACGCCCAGUUGUGGGAGGAUGGCUACCAGAAGUACUGCGGAGACCUGAAUAUGCCGAGCCUGGGGACACAACACGAACAGCUCGCCUGGAUUUUAGGUCAUGCCAUACGUCUGGAGUUUCUGGACGACCCAUCCCAGUACGAGUCGUUCAACAGCAAGCAAAGCCUGCCCAAGGCCAACAGCAAGCAGCCGCAACAAAAAGUGCAGGUCAUUUUUGACGGGAAAAUGAAUGUUGAUGACAAAGAGUUUAUUGCUGGGGUGCGCACACUGGCUGGCCAACUGAAUGUGCCCCAUCAUCCCAAUCAUCUGCUGCAGCUGGAGGCCGUAGCGUGGGUGGUGCACGAACGCCUUUCGCCUGCUGCCAGGGGACGUAAGCCCAUUGCCGGGACACCGUUUCCCUUUGACAAGGGCAACGAUGUGGUCUCCCCCAACGAUCCCGCCCUGGACCUUCCCAUGCGCAUCCUACGCCUCUUGCAGAUUCAGAGCCUGCGCCAGCUGCAAACGCACAUUAACGAGACCAUCGUGUCGGUUCAAAAUCUAACUGCCAAUCCAAAGACUGACACCAAGCUGGGAAAAGUGGGCUUCUGAAGCAGUUCCCAUGAACAUAUGCAAAACCCAAGCAACAACAGUACAUAACUAAUUGUAAAUUUAAUGAGUCAGCUAGCUAAUAAAACCGCCUGCCUAGCGUCUAGUAAAGAA